GAAAACUUAAAAGGUGAAUACAAAAAAUCAAGAGCCUUAAAUCUUUGAUUUCUUAUGCUGAAGUGCUUUGCUUAGCAUGAAAAUCUCAACCUUAAAACUUUGCGUUUUGUUUAUGGUGUUUACAAACUCAUGCUCAUCAGAUUGAAAGAUAACUUGGAAUACAUCAGUGGGGUAUUAAAGGGAAUUAACUGCUUUUGUCAGUACCUUUCAGCGGUGGAAUUAGGAAACGCAAGGAGGCAUGGCUGUAGAGGAACUUCAAUCCGUAAUAAAAAGAUGUCAAAUACUGGAAGAGCAAGACUUUAAGGAAGAAGAUUUUGGCCUAUUUCAGUUAGCAGGCCAAAGAUGUCUAGAAGAAGGACAUAUAAGCCAGCUGUUGGAAAUUAUUCAAAAUGAAGAGAAUAAGGUUAUCCUUAAGACUAUGGGCUGGAACCUUGUGGGACCUGUGGUGCGAAGCCUUUUAUGCAAUGAUAAAGAUGAUGAUAAAAGAAAAGAUUAUUAUCAGAUGCUUGAUCUAUUGGUAAAGUUAUGUAAUCCAAAGGAAUUAUUGUUGGGUUUGCUUGAAUUGAUUGAAGAGCCCUCUGGAAAACAGAUAUCCCAAAUUAUUCUUCUUCUACUUCCAUCAUUGCAAACAGUGAUUCAGAAGCUUCCCAACAACAAGGCAUACUCAGUUGGAUUAGCAUUAUCUACCCUUUGGAGUCAACUUUCUGUUCUUCCUGUUCCAUACGCAAAAGAACAGAUACAAGCAGAUGAGUACGGCCUCUGUCAGUGUUGCAAGGCCUUGAUAGAGUUCACUAAGCCAUUCAUGGGAGACGUCAUCAAUGCCAAAGAAAACUCCACGGAAGAUGAGAAGUUAAAGGAUGAAUUACUGAAAUUUUGUUUCAAAAGCUUGAAAUGCCCUCUACUGACAGCACAAUUCCUUGAACAGUCUGAAAAAGUUGAAAAUGAUCCUUUAAGGUAUUUUGCAACUGAAAUAAUAGGUUUUUUAUCAGCAGUUGGACACUCGUUUCCAAAAAUGAUUUUUAAUCAUGGAAGGAAAAAGAAGACUUGGAAUUACUUAGAAUUUGAAGAAGAAGAAGAUAAACAGUUAGCAGACUCUAUGGCUUCUCUGGCAUAUCUAGUAUUUGUACAGGGCAUCGAUAUUGAUCAGCUUCCAAUGGUCUUGAGCCCAUCGUACCUUUUACAGUUUAAUAUGGGACAUAUUGAUGUCUUCUUGCAAAGAACAGAGGAAUCUGUUUUCUCCAAAGGAUUGGAAUUGCUGGAAAAUGGCUUAUUGAGAAUAGAGGACAACAGUCUACUUUAUCAGUACUUGGAAAUAAAGAGUUUUCUUACUGUACCACAGGGUUUAGUCAAAGUAAUGACACUGUGCCCAAUUGAGACAUUGAGGAAAAAAGGUUUAGCUAUGCUUCAACUUUAUAUUAACAAGCUGGAUUCACAAGGCAAAUAUACAUUAUUUAGGUGCUUACUGAAUACCAGUAACCACUCCGGUGUGGAGGCCUUUAUUAUUCAAAAUAUCAAAAAUCAAAUUGAUAUAUCAUUUAAGAAAGCACAUACCAACAAAUGGUUUACAGGACCACAUCUGAUUUCUCUCCUGGAUUUGGUGCUCUGCCUGCCAGAGGGGGCUGAAACCGACUUACUGCAGCACUCCGAUAGGAUUAUGGCAUCAUUAAAUUUGUUGAGAUAUUUGGUUAUCAAAGAAAAUGAAAAUGACAACCAAACUGGAGUAUGGACUGAACUUGGAAAAAUUGAGAAUAAUUUCUUAAAACCACUGCACAUGGGACUUAACAUGUCAAAAGCACAUUAUGAAGCAGAAAUUAAAAACAGUCAAGAAAACAGCCAAGAGAGACAGAAGUCCAAGGAGCUCUGCUCUCUCACUGUCGGUGGAGAAGAGAUGCCAAACAUGCCCCCUGAAAUGCAGCAGCAGGUCCUACAUUCAGCCCUUUUCACGUUUGAUUUGAUUGAAAGUGUUCUGGCUCGAGUAGAAGAACUAAUUGAAAUAAAAACAAAGUCUACCUCUGAAGAAAACACUGGGAUAAAGUAAAAGUUCCACUUCAUAAAUAAAAACUAAGAAAAUACUAUAUUCUCCAUUAUUAUUUAUUUAAUACCUUUGUAAAAAAUGUUUGUAAAAGUUACUGCUAGGAAGAUAAAUGUAGUUUCUCUCAUUUAUCAAUUUCUAUAGUGACACACUGUGGAUAGGUAGUUUUGUUUUUAGAAAGUUAACUACAUGGUAAACAAUGCCCAUUAUGUGUAUUUUAAACACUAAUUUUGAAAACCCAAUACAAGCUCACAAUUUUGUAUUAAACCUCAAUUAAUGUUGAAAUGUCUUCAUUAAUUGUAGUGAGUUUAUGGAAAUGACUAAUAAACGUUUUGCUCUAGUUAGAUGUUGGUAACAUGUUGGCACUGCUGGUAUCAGGAUGGAUUUCACAGGCACUGUUAAGAAUGCAGCUAGCUGGGAGUUCAGGCUAGCUGAUCACCUCUCUCAGCCACUCUGAUUCCCUGCCUUAACAGAAA